GUCAUAAACGUGCGUGUAGGUUUUUAAAUGACGGUUGUACGCAUGCGCGCAGAGCCUGCGCGAUGACGACAGCAUUGUGUGUAAACAUCUCAGGCGGAGAGACGUUUAAAAGUCUGUCUGUCAGCUGUCAGCGGCGAGGCGAAGAAAUCACACCGAAGGCACCAAGUUCUGUCUCAUCAAACUGUUGGACUCGGAAUUGUCAUGCUGCAUGACCCUAAGGGAAGUUUGUCCACCGUUUAUUGUGUCUGUGGAAGAAGUCCCGUCUUGAUGUUCGCCGAAGACACCUGCCUUCACAACUUUGCUGAAACACUGCCGACAGAAAUCAGCUUAAAGAUCUUCAGUGAAUUGGACACUCAGAGCCUUUGCAAUGCCUCGCUGACCUGCAGGCUGUGGCAUCACAUUAUCGAGGACAGCCAGCAGUUGUGGAGGAGCCAAUGCCUGACUGUGAGGGCAGUUUGUCAGAGGGAGGUUGACCGGGACCGAAGAAAUGGGCUUUCUUGGAAGCUUACCUUAGUGAGAAACUACACAAGAAGUUUCCUGAAGAGGGAUUGGUUAAGAGGGCGUUACAGCAAUGUACGCUCGGUGGACGAGCUACGGGGCAGGAAGAUGUGCCCGCUGGACGUGGAGACGUGGGGCGAGAUUCUCGAAGCUGAGCUAGAGCGAUAGCCCCGGGAUUAAUUUCCCAGCACAUUUUAUAUUGUUUCAGUUAUGCUUUAUUACAGUACUAAGAAGUCUUUUAAUUUUUCUAAUGCUAAUAUAUUUUAUACUUUUAGUGAUUUACAAGCUCAAGCUUUAUGCAUGCCUUUUUUAAAGAAAUUCUCUUCUAAUUGGUGUGACUGAACAGAGAACAGAACGACGAUGGAAACUGGUGUGAACACUAUCAAUACUACGGAUGCACAGAUGAACACGCUGAAUAAAUCAGGGUUCAUGGUGAAAUUUGAGUUGUGCUGUGCUUAUUUAAACAAGUUAGACUUACAGGGAGUCUUAUAACUGGACUCUACAUGGUGAAAAUGUGAACUUGGAAGAUCUGAAACAAAAAUUGUCCAUAAUUUACAACAAACUGCCAUGGAUCAAAUUAUUCUUAAAUACCCGGUUAUUGACAUUUUGGUAUAAUGACGUGACACCUGUUUAGUUUCCUGGUAAGGGUCCAUGUUAUCACAUAGGCGUUAUUCUUUCAGCACUAUGGAGAGGAACUUGAGGCUGUUGGGGGUCGCAUCUGCUUUGCUUUGACCACAUCAAGUCAAUAACAAAUUCAGCCUAUUGCCGUCUUAAAAAUAUAGCAAGAAUUAGACAAUUUGGGUUGCAUUCAUCUCCUGUAGGUUAGAUGUAAUGGUCUGUUCUCAGGUCUUUCCAGAAAAAGGUCCUGGGUACCUUCAGCUAGAGUUGACAUAUAGGCAAGCAAAGCUGAACACGUUAAACCAUUUCUCAGAUGUCUGCACUGCCUCCAGUGUGUCACAGAGUCGAC